CUAUAAAUUGGGGACCCAUGUCGGUUGGAGAAUCAGUAUCGUUUUGAGCCGCCGAACCAAAAAAUGCUUUCGAUAUCGCAGCUAUUACUGCUCGUUGUCGGGUUCUGUCUGAAUUCAGCCGUCUCGGCUGACGUGGACUGCAGCAAACGGCCAUCGUAUGUCAAUCCCAAAACUUGUUGUACAAUGCCGGACUUCGUGUCCGACGAGUUGAAGCAAAAGUGCAUCAACUUUGACAUGACUCCGCCGCCGCCGUCGGAUGGGGAAGCCAGUGGAUCCUUUGAGAGCAAGCGUCGUCAUCAUCAUCCGCAUCCCCCACCAUGCUUCUUCUCCUGCAUCUUUAACGAGACUGGCAUCUAUCAAAACCGAAAACUGGAUGAGGCGAAGCUGAAGAACUAUUUGGAGGAGGUGUUCGAGGACAGUUCCGAUCUGCAGACCGCUGCCACCCAGGCCUUCACCACGUGUGCCAACAAAGUCGCGGAGUUCGAGGCUAAUCUACCUCCUCGUCCUGCUCCAUCUCCCCCACCCGGAUUCCCAAUGUGUCCUCAUGAUGCUGGUCACCUUAUGGGCUGUGUGUUCCGCAAUUUGAUGAAGAAUUGCCCAGACUCAAUUCGAAAUGAUUCCCAGCAGUGUACUGACAUAAAAGAGUACUUUACCAACUGCAGGCCACCUCGUGGUCCUCCUCCUUCCGCCGAAGAUAUGUAAGGCACCCAAGAAAUCCUAUUUGUCUGAAAACCCGCCAUGAAUUUACCGCUACCAAGCAGAACUUUUAAUAUCUUUCAAUUUAAGCCAAUAAACAUCUAAAGCUCAA